UAUGUUGUCACUCAUUUGUUAUUUGUAUUCGCGGUGGUCAAACUACCAGUCUACCAUUGCCCAUUGCUUCUGCUCAUUCCAUACUCUACUACGAUAAUCACUGCAUUUCCUUCACCAUCAUCAUGGCGGCGACCGCCAGCGGCGGCGGCGGAGACUCAAACAAGCUGCUGCUCUACUCCCACUGGAUGAGCUCUUGCUCCUGCCGCGUUCGUUUCGCUCUUAAUCUGAAAGGAAUUGAAUACGAGCAGAAAACUCCCUUUAUCCUAGGAGAUCGAUUUGGCCCUGAAUAUUUGAAGAUUAAUCCGAUGGGGUUAGUGCCGGCGUUGGUGGAUGGGGACUUUGUUGUUUCUGAUUCCUUUGCAAUUUUGAUGUAUCUUGAAGACAAGUAUCCCCAGCAUCCCUUGUUGCCAAACGAUCUUCAGAGGAAGGCUAUAAAUUUCCAGGCUGCGAAUAUUAUUUCUGCAAAUAUACAGCCUCUACAAAAUAUAUCUGUAAGCAGGUAUAUUGCUGAAAAGUUUGGUCCAGAUGAGAAACUUCGGUGGACUCAAGCUCAUAUUCUAAAAGGCUUUGAUGCACUUGAAUCACUUCUGAAAGACUUUGCGGGUAAAUAUGCCACAGGAGAUGAAGUUUAUCUGGCUGAUGUAUUUUUGGCACCGCAGAUUCACGCUGCAGUCAAGAGAUUCAGUGUCGAUAUGAAUGAGUACCCUCUUCUACUUAAGAUGUAUGAGGCAUACAAAGAGCUAAUAGCUUUCCAAGAUGCUAUGCCAGAGAAUCAGCCUGGUGCACCUGCUGAUGCAUGAGCUUGAGGACCUCCAUACUUCAUCAAAUGGCACCAAGACAGGAUAUAAUUCCUAGAUUCCUUCCAUGAUGUUCCUGCCAUGAGUGGAUAUACUAUUCUUGAUGUUAUUCAGUGACUAACUGAUUACCAAUAUUGAAAUUUAGUUUCCAUAAACACAAUAUGAUGUAUAAACGAGUUACAGUGUUCUAUCUUUGAGAUCGUGUUAUGUUCGCGUUGGACUUUAGUAACCUUCCCUCACCUACA